GUCCACACCCUCCGCACCCUUACAGGAUGACUGAUUAGCUUUAUGCAAGUCCUACUAUUGGAGGUAAUGUUCAAGUAGGCUCGACUUUCGUUCUCACAGCAAGUCGGCAUUCUCAAACUUGUCUUUUCCAGAAAUCCUGUCACUACGAGACCUCACGCUCAUUGUGAAUAUGAAAUGGGUCCCGUCAACGCUCACAGAAGUUUAUUCCUAUCCGAUGCUAUCUCUAUAUACGUCCAAUUCGCCGUAGUUGGAAGCAUUCUAUGCGGAGCAUACUAUGUCUGGAAGACUUUGACUUCGGAACGCCGCUUGUCGGGCUUCGCAGUCGCGACACUCGCUGAAGAAAGUCUUGGGCCGAAAGAGAGUUACUUCAAAGACUCCAACAAAACGAUUGCUGCCGGACUGAAGUCGAACUCCGGACCAUUUCAAAUUAUCACCGGUACUGGGCCUAAACUCGUCUUGCAGAACAGGUUCGCCGACGAGCUCCGAAAUCGAUCAGAGCUGGACUUCAACGAAGCUUUUCGCAAGGACUUUUUCGCUCAUUAUCCCGGAUUCGAUGGCUUUCGCGCGAGCUUGGACAAUCCUACGCUGAUUCCGUCGACUCUUCGAGUCAAGAUGACGCAGAGUUUGGGGCUUGUCACAAACCAUCUUGUCGAUGAGGCUACAACCGCUCUUCAUGAGCUUUAUGGUGAGAGUCGAGAAUGGCGUUCCAUUGCGGUCAAACAGCAUAACCUCAACCUCAUUGCACGCCUUUCGUCGCGAGUCUUUCUGGGGAGACCGAUCUGCCGCAACGAGGAAUGGAUAGAGAUUGCAAAGAAUCACACUGUUGACUCGUUCUUGGCCGCUCGUGAUCUUCGUGCUCAACCCUUCUUUUUGCGUCGUAUCAAGCAUUACUUCAUGCCGCAUAAUAAGAAUAUCCAACGGCAUUAUACCGAUGCCAAGCAGAUCAUCAAUACCGAGGUAGAGAGGAGGAAGAUUCGAGCCCAGAUAAUUUUGGCCUCGGGUGGCAAGCCGGCAAAGGUAUCAGACGCCAUUGGGUGGAUGGUCGAGAUGGCUGGUGGAAAGGAAGUUGAUUAUGUCGCGGCUCAGCUCUCUCUUACGGUUGCCUCAAUUCAUGCCACGACAGAAGCACUGACAAUAGCCCUAUUGGAUCUUGUGACUUAUCCCGAAAUCAUCCCCCCGCUCCGUCAAGAGAUCAUUGAGGCAUUGAGCAUAGGAGGGUGGUCCAAGCAAGCGCUGAUCAAGAUGAAGCUAAUGGACAGCUUCUUGAAGGAGUCGCAACGACUGCAUCCGCCCAGCGAUGUCUCCAUGAACAGGAAAGUUAUGCGUCGCCUUACUCUUUCCGAUGGUACAGUCCUACCAGUAGGCACUCGUCUCAUGGUCGCAGGAAGAUUCCGAGACCCUGAGAUCUAUGAAAAUCCCGAUGAAUUUGACGCCUACCGGUUUCUCAAGCUGCGCGAAGGCAAUCCCAACGGUGCUUACCAAUAUGUUUCCACCUCUGCGGACAUGUUUGGUUUCGGACACGGGAACCAUGCAUGUCCGGGACGGUUCCUUGCUAGCAGCGAGCUGAAGAUUGCCCUAGCACACAUGAUUCUGAAAUACGAUUGGAAACUCGACCAAGAAGACACGAUGCCAAAGUUCUUUCAAAAUGAGACUGCCCACAUGACUAACCCAGGCAUGAAACUCAUACUGAGGAGGAGAACAGAAGAGAUCAACCUUGAUCUGAACGUGGAUCCAGAUCUGAUUGACGUCAAAGAAUAGAUCAGUUCUGUUAAUGGUGCAAUCUCAGGGAUGGGCUAGAUUAUGAUAGAAGUUUGCCGUCAUAGCCAUAGAUCACAACUAUCUUGUCGAAGAUGUGCUGAUUUUGUGUCUUGUAAAGCUUUCAUAUAUUUGCCAUGGACAUUGCUUCUGGUCUACUUUUGUUCAAUAUUUAACGUGGCAGCUUCCUUGAUCGGCGUUCAAAUGUGCCUCGGAGUUGUAAGGAUGCCUCAUCCCUCAGACCUUCAAAGGACCCAACUCGGGGCUGUUACGGUCACCACGUCGUACUAACCAGGCUCGGUGCUGAUUGUUCGAAGUGAUUAUGGGAACCGGGGAUCCACACCCAAAAUCGGGUGGUAUUCUCCGGUAACCAAAAAUUCUCACAACGGCACAACGGAACAGGAGGCUUCAGGUAAUACAGUAUAUAGAAUAAAUAGAUCGAUUGAAUUUCUACACUAUCUAAUGGUCCUACAUACAGUAUUUGUAGGCUUCGUAAGGAAGC